UACAUUAUUAAAUUUCUUUAACUCACCUCCGGCCCGGUGCUCCACGCUAGUUUACCAUUGAACGCUAACCCGGCCCGUUCUAGAAAAGGCCGAAUGGCCGAUACUACAGCUAAUGUCGAUCUUCCCGAAAAUGUCCGCUUCCUCUCCCAGACCAAACGACAAACAGAGUCGCUGUUUCAUUUCCCCUCGCGGACCUUCGAGGGCGAUUCUUGGAAUUACUGAACGAAAAUAAAUAGAACCUCGACGACGGUAGGGAAACGCUUCGUAUUUGGUGCGGAUUCCAAUCCCCCCAAUCCCGCUUUCCGCGUCUCUCUCCCUCUCUUUUCUCUUCUCUUUGUUUUCUUAGCGCACACCCAAAACCGCCAUUUCUCCGUUCGCCCGCUAUCCCUCUCUCUCCUAGGGUUUGGGUUUCCUAGUCGUGUCUACUUUGAAAAUCAGGAGAAAACGAAGGGGGAAAACGAUGGCCCCAGCACCAACUUAUCCGCGCUCUAACCUCCCCAAUCUCUCUCUGCAGCAGCGUUCUUCUUCAUCCAUGGCUUGAUUUCUUCUCUAUCUUCCCUUUCUCUGGUAAUUAAUCCUACCCUUCUUGUGAAGCUCUUCGACGAUUUACUGUCAUUCAUUUCUCAGCUGUUGUCCCGGGGUGUUGAAGCGUGGGUUCUAAGUCUGCUAUGAUGGUUGCUUGUGUCCUUCGUGUUUAAUUUAGGGUUUUGAACUUAGGUAUUCCUGAUUGGAGGGGAUCCGCGAGAGCUGUAUCCGCUGUUCCUUCUUUGCUGGGUUAGUGAAUUUCGGGCUGUGAAGUUGGGUUGAGUACUGUCGUUUCGAUUGGACUGAGUGUUCUUGUUAUAGUGACUGGCUUGAUUUGUUCCGAUACUAGUCAGUGGUGCAAUUGGAAGAUUCUAAUGUUCAGCGUCUUCUUCCUUCCUAUCGCUUACGGGAGACAGGGUCGUGCACUGUUGCAUAGUUGAAUUGGUUCGUGCAGAUUGUUUUGUACAUUUGAUAGUGUUGUUGUUUGAUUGUUUUGAUGAUUUCCUCCCUUCCAAAUACUCGUAAAUCCCAGCUUGUCUCUUAGCACGGCAUGCUUAAGUUUGGAUUUAUUUACUUCUCCAGGGCUUGGAGCUUUGGAAUGGAAAUGUACAAUGUUUCUGGAAAUUCAAACACGGAAACAUAUUUGAUUCAGCAAGCUGGAAUUGACCCUGUAUUGACUUCUCCGGUGUUUGAACAAUCUGAAACCAUGUACAACGAAGGAGCCCCUGAGUAUGUUGUGGAUCAAGGAAUGUACUAUCCUACCGCUACCAACUAUAGUUGGUACUGUACAGGAUUUGAAGCACCCGGCGAAUGGGAGGACCCCCACAUGUUUUUUGGUGUAGAUGGUUCUGAAGUUCAAUAUGCGGGUGCAGAAACUGAAAAUUUACCUUAUGUAUGUUAUACACCUAGCUAUGGAUAUGCACAGUCUCCAUACAACCCAUACAAUCCGUACAUACCUGGUGCCAUGAUGGGAGUGGAUGGCUCAUAUAUAAGCUAUACCGCGCCUGGUUACCAGGACUCUAUUUCCUCAGCUGGUUAUGUCCCCGUUUUUGUUCAACCAGACGCUUCUCGAAGCAAUUUGGUGGAUCCCCUUCCUGAUGCCGGUGUUGUAUAUGCUAAUAGUGGACAUGGUGGAAGAAGACACGGAUCAUCUUCUUCAGCCUUCUCUAGGAAUCCUUCUAAAUCCUCUGGUAAUCAGACCAACUCAUGGGAAAGACCAGCUUCUGAGGGACCUAGGUCUAACAUUGGAAGUAGCAAGUAUUCUUUGGUGCAUGAUAAUGUUUCUUCUGGUAGCUAUCAAACAGCAACAGCACGUGUGCUUCAGAGCAGGAAUGCAUCUGGACCCAAUCAGUCGAUUGACAUCACCACAAAGGUAAAGGCUCUACCUCAGCGGAAUCAGUUGAAACUUGCUUCCCCUGUCAACAAUGGCUUCUCUAAUUUUGGAUCAAAUGCUCAUGGAAGACCUUACAUGGACAAGAAUCGAUCAAAUGCCCAUGUUGGCAGAACCCUCAAUGACGAUGCACUGGGUGAGCAGAAUCGUGGACCUAGAACAACCAAAUCCAAAACUCAGUUAGCUGUUAAAGCAUACACAGCCAAAGUUGGUGAUUCUAAUGCAGAGGAAAAUAUCAUAAUUUCAUCUGAUCAAUACAACAGGGAUGAUUUCCAAGUUGACUACACUUGUGGAAAGUUCUUUGUGAUAAAAUCAUAUAGCGAGGAUGAUGUUCACAAGAGCAUCAAAUACAAUGUUUGGUCAUCAACUCCUCAUGGGAACAAAAAGCUGCAGAGUGCCUAUGAAGAUGCACAGAAGAUAGCUGCAGAUAAAGCUAGCAGUUGUCCCAUCUUCCUUUUCUUUUCAGUCAAUGCAAGCGGACAGUUUUGUGGUGUUGCUGAGAUGAUUGGUCCAGUUGAUUUCAGAAAGGAUAUGGAUUUUUGGCAGCAAGAUAAAUGGUCUGGUAGUUUCCCUGUGAAGUGGCACAUGAUUAAAGAUGUACAAAAUGGCAGCUUUAGGCAUAUUAUCUUGGAGAACAAUGAAAAUAAGCCAGUUACUAAUAGCCGAGACACUCAAGAGGUAAUGUUCAUGCAAGGCCUGGAGAUGCUGAAGAUUUUCAAAAGCCAAGUUUUGGAUACUUCUUUACUUGAUGACUUCACCUACUAUGAGAACCGGCAGAGAAUCAUGCAAGAAGAAAAAACCAGGUUUGCAGUUAAGAGGUUUGGAACUCCAUUCCUAGCAGCUGCAUUGGAUCCCACUCCCAAACUCAAUAGUCGAGUUGGGAUUCCCUCAACUAAAUACGAGAAAGCAGCUGUUCAGGAGACCCAGGCAUCAUCUGGCACAGCAAGAAUCACUUCUAUAUCCGAACCCCCCACCAGAUGUGAGCCUCCUGACCGUGCAGUUGCUGAGAUAGACAACAAUGUAGUAGCAGCUACCACUCUGAAGAUUGACUCGCUCAAUAUAAACCCGAGGCGGUCUCAGUCCAUGGCGAGCCCCGAUCCAGCUGGAACAGCUACUGGCAGCAACGCUGCUAAUGUUGUCACUGUAGGAACGGUCCCAGUCAAAGUCAAUGGAUUUGUUGAAUCUUCUGGGGUUUUAACUUUUGGCACAAUUCCACUGGAUUCGAGGGCUUUGCAGAGCGGGAAAGGAGUUGGCGGUGGUGGUUCAGCGAAAAGUGCACGCUAAACAGCUAGCUGGGUUUGAUUGAUUUUGAGGUGGCCAGGCAGGAACAGUAUUUUGGCGGGGUAAAGGGUUUUACAAUUUUUUUUGCACGGCGGGAAUUGCUGUAUACUUCAGAGUUGCAAGUACAGGCUGCUUAGCGUGCACUUAUCAAGCAUUUCGCUGCUUUUCUUUUUUCCUGGAGUAGUGGGAAGUACAGGCUGCGGGCGUAUGGUUUUACCGCGGUUAUCAAGCAUUUCGCUGCUUUUCUUUUUUCCUGGUUAGUGGUUACAUUAUGGUUGUUUUUGCCUCGCCCAAAAGCGAUGAAAGUCACUUUGUAAUCUGGCUUUUCUCAUGAAAUAUAAUAAAUUACAAAAGAAAGUGAAGGAUGUGUAUUGACAGAUAUAAGAUAAUGUGCAUACGGUCCUAAUGGUCCUUGGUUUUAAAUAGGUAAGAUUAAGAGGUUUUUUGGAUUUUGUUCAAACUCUAUUGUUUGGUAGAAAGUGUAAAUUUGGAUAACAAUAAACAAUUUAGAAAAUU